UUUUUGGUGUGGCUGAUGACGUCAUGCAUCUCGGCAAGGUUGUAUGACGUCAUCGACCGACGGACCAAUGGGAAGGACCGGUCCCGGGCUGCGUCGACCCUUACGUCAAUUUCCCCAUCAUCAAAACACUACACAACUGAUAGGAUCGCCUUCAAUCGGCCUAGUAUGGCCGGUCAUGGGCGACGAAUCCUGGCAUCGGAAGAGCAGGAAAGGACAGGACGCAGUGUUUUGCCCAUUUCGCUCACCGGUCGCUUUCAUUCCAACACAUGGCGGCAGGUGUUCACAUCUCUUCGACCGUUCGUAGCACAGACACGUCAGCGUACCUUGAGUACGUAUGCUCGAAGAUUGCACCAAAGACAUCUAGAUGGCCAGACACAAAACUCUGUGCUGGAAAGUGUACCUCUAGUGAGUGAUCAAGCAGCAGAUUCUAAUCCCUGGCAACAGCAACACAGUCAUCAUCCUUCAGGAUUGCAUGUCGAUGACAGCCAGCAAGAAGUUCCCAGCAGUGGCCAGAAUGUUGUCAUCGACAUAGAAACAAGCACUAGAGGAACUGGUAUUCCUCCCAACACUUCAAGCAUUCCAGUACAUCAGGAUGCAGAAAAUGAUUCUGCCUUCACAUCUGUGACGAAUACUUCACACUCCUCACAUGCUCCAGCAAAUGGAAGUGACGAUAGCAGUGCUGUUGCAUCUUCCAUAGAUCCCCUAAUACCCCGCGAAGCACCGAGUACAAGUUUAAGUGAGAGUGACAAUGCCAGCUACUCUGACACUUCGAGUGAUGAUGGGGCAACUUCUGGAACUAAUAAUAGAAGUGCAAGUGAUUCGCUGUCAGACCUGCUGAACCAGUUCCCCGAAGUACGCAGCGUGUUGGUCGUUGCAUGGCAUUACUGCAUUUUCUUUUUGAUUAUAUUGGCCAAAGCUGUGUUUGAUCAUUUUGCUGGUCUGUUGGUCUUGUUGACACUCGUAAUUGGCUUCGUAUGGAGUAAUAACAUUUUGAAAAAGUCCAUUGCACGACAGGGACGACGAUCUGUCAAGCCUUUGUUAGCGCUUCUUGUAAAUAUACCAGCUGGUGUAUUCCUGCUUUGUUACUCUUACAGAAGUGACAAGCUCAUCAACACUGUCUUGCUCAUCCAUCCUGAUAGAGAUGGUUUCGGAGUCCUAGACCUCUUGUGGAUUGUUAUCGUGUCCGAUUAUAUUUUGAAAUUGGUAACAGUUUUGUUGAAAACAUUUGUCACCAUACUUCCUCAUUCCUUAAUGCACUAUCAAAAUAGAGGAAAGUACUUUUUGGUCAUCGAGAUGGUUUCGCAGCUGUACCGAUCCUUGAUACCAAUUCAGCCGUGGCUUUCAUACCUUCUUGGAUACUCUGGACCAAAGAUUUUAAUUGGUGUUAUACUUACGGCCACAUAUUUGGUCUGUAAAGGCCCUGAUGUAGUUGUCAGAAUGAAAAGUCUACAUGAUGCUGUUGACAAGUUUAUACACAAUAUUAGUUAUAGGAGCACACCCACCAAAGCUCAGUUGCAAGAUGCUGGUGUGUGUCCAAUAUGUCAUGAUGACUUCCAGUUACCCACGAUGCUUCAGUGUAAGCACAUAUUUUGUGAGCAGUGUGUUGUUACGUGGCUAGACCACGAACAGACCUGCCCAAUGUGCCGAACUCAAGUAGCGGACGAUCCUGCUUGGAGAGACGGAGGAACGUCGCACUUCUUGCAGCUUUACUAGUGAAGAAAUCCAACUAUGUAAAACUUUGUGAUAUCCUUAGACAGAGGUAUUACAUUUUACGUUCUUUGAACAUAUUUGUACCAAAUACCUCUUUUGUUAUGAAUUAGUUAAUUUUUGUAGUAGGGGUUAUAUUCGCUGGAAGAAUAUUUCUGGAACCUUUUAAUUAAUUGAAGGCAUUUCAAAUUUUAAACUCCUUAAGUGCUCAUAGUAUCAGCUGUAAAGUUGGACUACUUUAGAAUAAUAAAAUAACAUUUACACUGAGGAAGGUGUUUUUAAUGUUCUGCAAAUGUUCUUGGGGUGAUUUCUGACCACUGAUAGUGUUUUCCAAAAGAGGACAUCAAACAAUUUUUCUGAAGGAUUACCUUGCUAUAUGCAGUGGAAUUUAUAGGGGAGAAUUUAAUAAUUAGUUAAAAAAAAUAAUCAAUUCCUAAUUCCUUGGAAGGUUUUUAUUUUAUCUUGAUAGAGGUGUACCAUGACCUUUGUGCUGCAGUCAUUAUGUCAAAGGUUCUUUGUAGCUAAAAUUUGACAUUUCAUUCAUUUCUUUUAGUCCCUCGAAGCCAGCUGUCCAACUUUUUACCAUCGGUUAAACGAAUUAUUUUUCUCAUCCAAAGACUAUUUUAAACAAAGUCACAACUGCUGUACCUGUAGAAGCCAUAAGCUAUGAUAUAGUGAACAUUACCGUUUAAUGUUCCAUCAUCUAUUUGUUUGGCAUUGCAGGGCAUAAGUAGCCAACUUGUGUCUCUCUUUAGAAGUUAGCAAGGAAGUUAGUGUGUCAGUGGGAGUUUUCCCUAUGAAUCUUCCAUUGGGUUACCAGUGAAUACCAAUGAAUUGGGCUUCGAGCUUUGCCUUUGUAUCAUUUCUUUGGGGAGUCACGUCUGGAACGAAGUGGCUUUUUUCACAGCUUAACAAAGUCUGCAUCAUGUCAUUAUUUCAUUAGAUAUAUAGGAGUUAUCUUUUUUACUGGAGUAAUCAUUGUUUUGCUAUACCUCUGUUCUUACACAUUCAAGCCUUGAAGUAAGUUCAUUUGCACUCUUACACAGUACAUGAGUAUUUUUGUAGUGUAGUGUAUUGACCAUGAUUGUGGACAGUUGCAUCGUCAAAGAUCAAACUGUUGUUCAACACUGUCAACUGUUGAUUAUAUAUUAAUUGUAUUGAGGUAAUACUAGAUAUAGUAAUACUCUUUGGACAUAAAUUUUAGUAGUACAUUUUUGCAAGUGGUAGAUGAAUUUGCAUCAUGGCUAGAUAUUUCCUCUUUGCUAUAAGUGAUUUUUCUACAUUUUACAUUGGGAAAUGGGUUAGUAUGAAGACAUUUUGCAGAACAUAGUAGAGUUGAUGAUCUGUAUGUAUAAGAGCCUUCUUUUUAAUGAAAGGUGUAAUAUUUUCUUCCAGAGCAUUUUGUAUUCAAGGAGGUAAAUGUUGUAAUGCAGAAUUCAUUAUGGAAAGGUUUGCUAGAUUUGAUAAGCCAUAGUUAUUUUGAUGUUAUUACAGUCCUGUGAUGUGAUGUUUCUUGAUACAUGUAUGAUGUACCUUACUUCAUCUUAAAGUUUAUAAUUUGUCUAGUCUGUAUUCCUAUACAGGUACAAACCUGAAUAAUUUAAAUCUGCUUUUAUUUGCCAGAGGCAAAAAUAAAACACCGAGGAGGAUUAAGAUUUUGCACUGCCAGCAAGUGUUGGAUACAUUUUAAGGAUUAGCUAUUGAGGAAGGUUAAUUUGGGGUUAUCAGGCUGUUAUAAAGUAGGGGUGCAACUACGUCACUCUUUGCUAGGAAGUUCCUUAUUAAAGGUCUCUUUGCAUCUUCAUCACACUCUUUCCUGUUGAGGGAAUGUUAUUUUAAAUCAGAUUCCUAUAUUGCAGCUGCUAAUCCUAGUUCGUUUACUGCGCAUAUGAAAGGUCGUCUGCCUUUCUUAUCUUCUUCCCAUUUUCAGUUUGAGGCUUACCAGUGUGUCUUUUUCAGCAACCAUUAAACCUAUUUUGACCCAGCUUUGAAAUUAAACUCCAUUGUCCUGCUGGAAAACAAUAUACUAGUACAUAUGUAAGGGAGGUUGAUGUUGAUCAUAAUCCCCUUAUAUUGGUGGAUGAAGCAACUCGAGUAGAAGUUUUGUACUCCGAGUUUACAUUUACAUUUACUUUAUGUAGUUAUUUUUUUCUGGAAAAUAACUUCUGUUUCUUUUGUAAGUAUGACUUAAUGGCAGCGCAAGUGGAGCAGUAGCUCUCCCUCCUCCCGAGGCAUUUUACUUAUCAUUAAAUAGCUAUUACUGAUAACCCUAGUAUGUUUAACAUCAGUUGUUACUGGUCUUUCAUUGCCUUUGUCAGAUAAAAAUAUUAAAAAGCAGGCUUGUCUGUUAGGAAAUAUUUGAAUUUUUUUAGAUAUUAUAAAAAUGACAGUUAUAUGCACAUUAAUGGAAACCAAAAGUACAUAGGUAUGUACAGUGAAACAGGAAAAUAAAGUGUACUUAAAAAAGGCAGUUUUACUUAGUCAAGCUAUGUACAAAUUCUCAAGGGGUGAUAAAAUGUAUGAAUUUACAAAAUUUGGUCUAAUAUAUAGUCAAUAAUUAAUGGAAUGUAAAGUAUUUAAUGUCAAAUCUAUAUAAAAAGCACACUUGCUGAAUAUUAGUUGGGUCUUACACAAAAGCAUUUUAAAAUGAAAUUGUGCAAGAGACUAAAAACAAUGUCAGACACCAAAAUAAUACGUACAACACUUUCAUUAAAUUGGCUAUAAUCCUUCA